GCAGUUGGAGGUGAUGCAGAACCUGGUGGGAUGGGUGUCGCUGGCUGGCUGCAUGUGUGGGCUGAACGCAGAACUGAUUGCACAUUUGCACCCUCCGACCCAAGUGAUCUCCCAUAAACCCUGCGUCUUCCCGUUUACCUAUGGUGAUGUCACCUACUACAGCUGCAUCUCCACCCGCAGUGACUUUGACUGGUGUUCUCUUGACAAGGAAUUCCAAGGCAGGUGGCGCUACUGCACAGGGCUGGAUUCUCCUCAGUGUGUCUUCCCCUUUGUCUUCAGACAAAAAGCCAUUCACAAUUGCACCAAGGAAGGCUAUAUUCUGAAUCGGAGUUGGUGUUCAUUAACAGAAAAUUACGAUAAAGAUAGGAAAUGGAAGCAAUGUUCUCCUCAGAAUACUUAGAAACCUCUUGGUGUUCUUGAAGAGACAGAAGUCACACAUUCAUCAGCUGCCUCUCAAAAUAUAAUUCUAUCCUUU